AGGGGGCGGGGAAAAAAGGACAGCCUCAGCUCGUGAGCUCUGACGGAAGCAGCGGCCAAGUCGCUUGAAGGCGCAUGCGUCCUUUCUUCUACGGGCCGGGCGAUUCUGCCCCAUCCGUCAUUUCCUGCAAGAGCAGUAGAGCGGUACUCACGGGAAGGUUCUAGAGCGGCAGGCAGGAACAAGGCCGAGGCCGAUGAUGUCGGAAAAGAAGCAGCCGGUAGAUUUGGGGCUUCUGGAAGAGGACGACGAGUUCGAGGAGUUUCCUGCCGAAGAUUGGGCUGGUUUAGAUGAAGAUGAAGAUGCACAUGUGUGGGAGGACAACUGGGAUGAUGACAAUGUUGAGGAUGACUUCUCCAAUCAGCUAAGAGCUGAAUUAGAAAAACACGGCUACAAGAUGGAAACGUCAUAGCCUCCACUGAUAAGGUCAUUUGAGAUUGGACUGUAAACUGAAUACAGAGGUGUAUGGAAUGCGAGAUGGAAGAUCAGGCACUGGACUGUCUAUUGUUACUUAAAAUUUUGUUUUGUAUAAAUAAAAAAAUUGAAUCCA